AAUCGGCCGUUCAGGGAGGUCAGCCUCACCGUUACAGGCGCACAAUUCUUCAAAGAUCGCUUUUCGAACAGCAGACGGCGUGACGAGAACACCGGUCUUUCUCAUGUAUACGACCUCUACUUCGUUGCCUAUGUUGACAAGAUUUACGUUUAUGAGCCACAAUUUCCCUCUCAGAGUAUUGAACAGGAACCGGCUAUGGUUGUACAUACAGAGCAAAAAUCAAAAACUCCUGAAGAACAAAGGCUUUAUGGACACUACGCAGGUCACGGCACCCGCGCCAUCAACAAGUUGCUGGUACAGUCGCUAGGCAAUGAAGAAGUGCUUGCGGUCGUUAGAGAUGAUGGCGAUGUCGAGGCGUACUACACGCGGCACAUCUACAACGCCAUCGAGAAGCGAACUUAUCAUGAUAGCACCCUGGGUAUCCUAUCUACCGACAUCAGGCCAUUCUUCCAAAGAAGCGUUGGACUUAGUGCUUGGGGAUUGGCUAUACACAGCACUGCUCGCAUGAUCGCCGUGAGCGCCAACACACAUACUACCACAGUUUUUACCUUUGCUCUCACCGACGGUGUGUCAGAUGACGAGAAUGACUUUCCUGACGAAGACGAGGUGUACUAUUACGGAAUGAGCGGAGUGGUGCCGCCAAACGACAGGCGCAAGAACGAUGUACGUAUCUUGGCCCAUUCGGGAGGAAUAGAAAACUUGCCGGAUAUUGCUUUUUGCAAUACUGGGCAUGAUCCUGCCGGUAGAUGGCUGUUGACUGCGGAUCUUCUGGGACAAGUCGCCGCGUGGGACGUACACAGCCUACAGUUGAACCAGCUCGUCAAUACCGCUCUCAGCCCCCCUAUUUUUCGAAUACCCAAAGACCAUAUCGAUAGUCGCAAUGGUGUAUGGGGUCUAUUGUUUCUCGAUCCACUUUCCUUUCGUACCACGACUACGAUAGAGGAAGCUUUGGGUGUUUCUUCAAGCCAAAUUGGCGUGGACUUGCAAAGAGAGAAGGACAAUGCCAUUUGGGAUCUAGGAAAGACGGUGGACUGUAUCAGUCAUGUCCGUCGUCCUUUCAGAGAUGUGGGGAAUCCGGUCGUGGUAAGGAAUGGCAACUACGCCCAUCCCUUGGAGCUAUCUCGGCAUGGAACUCCCGGGCCUUCGACCCCGACUCCUCUUCGACGGGCCAAUGUCGACGCCGACAGAAGCAGCGAAGAGGAGGUGGAAGAGGAAUCAGAAGAGAGUAACGAUGAAGACCACGCCUGGGACAGCGAUGAUAGUUACGACGGAACUGGGUACGAUUCCGCCGAGGACACGCAUGUUGCCUUUCCGAGACCAGAUGGGACCAUGUGGCAGAUUGCAAAGCCNAAAGUAAGUUUACGUUCAUCUUGUACGGCAACUUUGCUGAUACGAUCACUUAGACCUGGAGCUCGGUUCAAACGUGGUGAGAGCAUGUGUGGCGAUCUCCCCUGCCCUAUAUUACAGCUCUCUUUCAAGGACAUCUACCUUUAUCAGCCAGCAACAAGCAGCAAGGCUUGGGACCACUUACCCAUACCGUCUACACGACGUCUGUUCCAGCAAGAAGUACCUAUCCCCUUCGAUUCUGGAUCCACAAAAUUUGGCCGCAUUAAUAUGUAUGCACAAAUACCGAGUUUAGGGGUUGUCAUCAUCGCGACGCAACAAGGUCGUGUUGCCAUCUUAUCACUCACACAGACGGUCACUCGUAUGCUUGAUUACGAAAAGGUCGAAGUCAACCAAACACCGCUGGAAAGACCGCGAAUGGAAAAACGCGUUUAUGGAUACAGGGUAGACCAUAUCCUACCGUUGGCCAGUCAGGAGGAAGCCGGCCACCGACCUAAAGCCGGCAUUCAUGGUAUUGCCGUGGGACCUAUUCAGGGAACCGAGCACCUCGAAGAUGAUCUUAAAAGGUGGCGUCUACUGGUCCAUUAUCAAGACCUCUCCAUUCUAGCCUAUGAGAUUGGCAAGCCGAGCAGAGAUCAACUCGACUUGAGUUUGAUGGCCAUC